AGACGGCGGAGAACAUUGGCUACUCGUGCAACAUGCUGCGUGAGGAGAUGAACGACAUCUUCAUCGUGUCGGCCAACAACCCGGAUGAUGUCAGACAGGAACUGAGGAAUAUGUUGAGCACCAUGAAACCAGGUGCAGAGGAGGAGGCCACCUUCAUGCCAGAGAGGACUCUGGGCAACAAGCCGAAGGUGGUCAGGGACGAGGAGGUGAACGGGGAGUACGGGCUGGUCAUCAACGGACACAGUCUGGCCUAUGCCCUGGAGCAUAGCAUGGAGCUGUUGUUCCUGCGUACAGCCUGUCUGUGUAAGACAGUGAUCUGCUGUAGAGUGACUCCACUACAGAAAGCCCAGGUGGUUGAGCUGGUCAAGAAAUACAAACAGGCUGUCACUCUGGCCAUAGGAGACGGGGCCAAUGACGUCAGCAUGAUUAAAGGUACAAAGAAAUUGAUAAUAAAAAAAUUGUGAUAAUAAGAAGAUUGUGGGAGCUGUUCUG